AUGGAUUAUGAUCGACUCAAAGCAUUCGUAGAAGCAGACAACCUCUUUUCCAUUGUUUUAGUUGAUGAGCUAGAUGCCAUGGACGAAGAACCAUUCACGCUUGACAGCUUUGAGAAUUUGAUGCGCUUACAUGCAAACAAAAGCAAGGAUUUCAUUCUUGCCAGAGUUACCACUCAAGAUCCAAAUGAUGGGACCAAGACAUAUCAUUCAUAUUAUAGUGCACAUCAGAUCAACAAGGUCUUAUUCCGGACUCAGCCUGAAGAAGGACUGCUGCAUCGCAUGAAAGCGCGUAAUCCAUUGAACAAUAUGGUGAUCGUAGGGGAUGUCCAUUAUUAUAUUAUCUCAUCUCAGGAAGUGAAGGCUACC